AUGAACCCCAGCAGACACCCACAGCUUAAACCCGCAGCGGGGGUUCCCGCUCCGUACGGUCGGGCCUGCUCGAAUUGCUCCCGUGCCAAAUGUAAGUGUAUUUUGCUUGCUGGCAGUAGUACUGAAUGUGAAAGAUGUCACCGGCUAAACAAGGAGUGCCGGCCGUCUGCAACGGUUCGGAAGGCUGGGACCAAGCGCUCGUCGGCUUCCAAAACGUCCCAGCUAGAGGCUAAGCUCGACAGUCUUGUCUCUAUGCUGCAGUUGAGCGGCUCUGGACCGCCGCUGCCGGCAGAAUGGUCAUCAAAGAACAACAAUGAGCAGCAUGGGAGCAACUCGCAUCGUUUUCCACGGGAGGCAGAUCAACGGCCAGAUGUCGCUACAUCGAGUUUACUCUCCCCAUCGGCAACAAACUCACACCCGCACACUUCUUCAAACUCCCCGGGCCCAGUCGGAACUUGUCUUCCUCCUGAUGAAGCAGAGGAAUACCUAGAUCACUUCCGUAGCAACAAGUUGAAAUUUUUCCCACUCAUUCACAUCCCGCCAGAGAUGACCGCGCACCAACUUUGGGAAAAUAAACCUUUCGUAUGGCUGAAUAUUAUGCAAGUGUCGGCUAGAACCCUUGCCCAACAGGAGACGCUCCGAAGCCAAGUCAAAUAUAAGAUCUAUGAGAAGUUACUCGUGGAAAAUGAACGGAGCAUGGACAUGCUGCUCGGCCUUCUCAUAGCCCUCGCAUGGUCACACUGCAGGGACUCCAUUCCUGUCGGGCCGUUCUAUUCCUUGUAUGUUCAUAUGACGAUGGGGAUCGUUGGUGAUCUAGGCCUCAACAAGCCUCCUCGAAGAGAGAUACCUCCACUGGCCAAAUUUAAGCAAAGCAUCGGCUAUAAGCCGUGUGCAACCAUGGUUCGAACCUCAGAACAACGACGAGCAGUCCUGGCGUGCUAUAUAUGCAGUUCCUGCCUCGCUAUUUGUAUUCAGAAAUCCGAGCCCCUUCAGUGGACACCCCACAUGGAUGAAAGUCUACGGAUGCUGAGCGAGUCUCCGGAGUGCCUAGGGGAUGAGAUUCUGGUUGUCAUCACUCGGUUACACCUAAUUAUGGAUAAAGUCGGUCGCAUUGUUCGCGAUGGGGAGAAUGACUACACCGCAGGCCCAUUCUAUCUCCAGGCUCUACGGACAGAGUUGAAUGUCGUGAAAGGCAAAGUUCCCACAUAUCUGCAACAAGAUGGUAAGCAAGCCUGCCUGUUUCUGAAAUCCUCUGAGACUGUCCUCCCAUAUGUGCAGAGCACCGAGUUCAUCAUCCAUGAAGUGUCCUUUUCCAUUCCGCCGCUUCUGGCCAAGAGUCCCGACCUCCAACGUCUCGAUAGUCUUUGCACGGCUUUGCAUACAAUAAAGAGCUGGUUCGACCACUGGCUGACCAUUUUCCCCUCCCAACGCCGUGCGCUCUCUCUUCUGCACUAUUUCCAAUUCUCCCGCGCCCUGAUCAACUUGUACCGGCUCUCUACCCUCAACAACCCGGCCUGGGACAAGAACUUGGCUCGAAACACAGCAAACCUCGUGGACAUCUUGAACCGCAUGAUCCAUGAUGUGGAGCAGACGGCCGCACAGAUGUCUUUGGACCAGAGCGAUGGAGAUGCAGAACUCCUAUCCAAACUCCUCAAAAUGCUGUACUCCUUCAAGCAAGGCUGGGAGCCGACAUUAGUAGAGGGCAUGGUUCAUGAGUCACUCCCUGCAAACCCUCUUCUGGCCGAUACAUUGUGGUUGGACAAUCUCGAUGAUUCGUGGAUCAUGGGAUUUCUCAGUUCCUUAUGA